AGCCUUCCCUGCUCCAGUCCCCUGGACAAGUCCCAGCAGCUUCUGCAAACGGCGCUGGAUCUCCUCUGCCUGCAGAAGCUUCUGGGGCACCUGGGAACUGCAGGUCUAGAAGCCUCCCCGAGACCCAGGGAGCCCCUGCUGCACUGACUCUGGCAAGGAGCUGGGUUUGCCUGGAGCUUCCCUCCAGCCCACGUUCCCGCUAGAUCUGGGCCAUGAGUGCUGAGGCCAGGGAUCCGGGUGACCCAGGGGAGGAGAGGCCCAGGCUGAAGCUGGAAGCUGUGAUCCAGAAAUUAGAAGACACAGUCCUGAGCCCAGAGGCCAAAAGAGAAGACCGAACCCUAAGAGUCCAGGGUGAGGGCGGACAGGCCACCCCCACACCGGUCCCCGCCAGGAUUCGGCAGAUUGUCACAGGCAGUCUGGUGGAGGAUCCCCUCCAAGGUCUCUGGAAAGUGCCUCCUAGAGUCAGCGUGCAAGAAGAAAAUCAGCUCUUGCAGGAUGAGCUCUCAAGGCUUGAGGACCUCUUGGCCCAGACCAGAGCUGAAAGGGAUGAGUUUGCCAGCAAACACCAUGCAGUCAGUGAGAGGCUGGACAAGGCUCUGCGGGUGGAAGCGGGACAGCGAGAGGGCGAGAGCAGCCCCACGAUCUGGCAUAUGAAGCGUAAACUGGAGGAGGCCGAGAGGGCCAGCCAGCGGAAGCUCCAGGCCUUCCAGGAGGACCAGCAACACCAAGCCCAGCUGGUCCAGAGGCUUCAGAGCAAGGUAUUACAGCUCAAGCAGAAAUGUGGGGAGCUGGAGCAGCAGCUAAUGGCGAGGACCUCAGAAUGCGAGCACCAGAAGAUGAUGAUGCAGACAAAGCUCAAGUCAGCAGAAUUCCGGCUGCGCCAGUCAGAACACGAAUACAGCUCAGACUUGGAGGAAGCCCUCACCCGCCUGGAAGAAGAGAAGCAGAGGAGCUCGAGCCUUGCCCAGGUGAAUGCUCUUCUCCGGGAGCAGCUAGAACACGUGAGAAAGUCCAAUGAGAGGCUGAUGGAGGAGCAAGAGAAGAUGGAGACCAGCAUGAGCAGGCUGAGGGAGGAGCUGGAACAGAGAGAGCUCCAGCAGUGGAAGGAGAAAGAGAGCUCGGAGGCAUUCUUGUGGAAAGAACCAAGAGGGAUCCUAGUUCUGUGGAGACACGCCGUGGUCCUCCGGAGCAGCUUUGUAGAACUCCAAGCGGUCACCGAGAGAGGUCUAACGGAUAUGAAGUCUGACCUAGCGAGGACGGCACGCCGGCUGCAAACCGCCUGCCUCAAUCUCAACUCCAAUCUGCGGCUGUCAGAGAGCAAAGCCUUUUCCUCCCUGGAGAAGCAAACCCGAAACAGUGUCUGGCUGGAGCAGCAGCUGCGGGACAAGGUGCGGGAGAUGAUCCAGCUUCAGAGCCGCUGGGAUGCCGAAAAAGUCGAGCUCAAUUCCAGGCUCACAGAGCUGACUCUGCUAGGAGAAAGGCUCCAGGAACAAAAUGCUCAGAAAGACAAGACCGUAUCUUCCCUAAAGCUGGACGUGCAGAAGCUGGAAUCCACACACACUGGAGAUCGCCUGGAAUCGGAGGCUUUGAAGGAUGAAGUGGCAUCUCUACAGCAUGCUUUAAACCACAUCACAAAGUUAGUUCUAGCCGAUGCCGAGUGUGUAGACCUUCGGGAUGGAAGGAAGGAAGAGCCUGGAAGACAGCCAUCCCCUCCUCCACAGCAGGCAUCCCCUCUGCACCAGGAGGCAUCUCUGCAGGCCAUCCGGGGAGCCCUCCAAAAGAGACACCAACAGGAACAGGAGCUGAGUCUGCAGCUAGAGUCCUCUCAGGCCGCCACGACGAUGCUCCGGAAACAGCUGGCAGACCGUCAGAGAGAGGUCCAGGCCAUAGAACGGCAACUACAGGAGCAGAGACAAGAGCGAGAGGAGCUGUUGGGAAAGCUGGAAGACCAGAGGCAAGACCUGGAAGGCUGCAAAUCCUCCAAAGAGAUGUUAAGAAGGGAGAAGGAGACUCUGGAGGCCGAGGUGCAGGACCUGGCCCGGAUGGCCGAGCUUUCCUCCCUGGAGCUAGAAAGGCUGCGAGCCGCCAACACGGACCUUCAGAGGCAGCAGAGCCUCCUGGAGCAGCAGCAGGAGGAGAUGUCCAGGAAGGAGGGGAGGAGCCGGAAGGAGCUGGAAACCAGCCAGAGGAGCAUGAAGCAAUUAGAGGAGAAGAUCUCAAGCCUGAAGAAGGAGCUGCUGAUGGUGAAGGAAUUCCUGAGCCAGGCGGUCCUGGAGAAGGAGGUCCUGGCGAGCCAGAAGGAGGGUCUUCGCUGCUCUCUCACCCAGGCAGAGGCCAACAGCACUGAACUGGAGUCCUUAAUCACCAAGAUGAGAGCUAAAGACACAGAACAAAAGGACUCCUUGGUCAAGAUGGCGGCCCUGACGGAAAGUCUGGCUCAAGACAAGGUCAAUCUGAACCGCUUGAUCCUACAACUGGAACAGGAGAAGAACCAGUGGCUAGAGCAGCAGUGGCAACUGGAACAAGAGGUGAGCCGCCUUCAAAAUCAGAUUGCUCAUCUAGAUCAGGAGCUGGACCACAUCCAAAGAGAAAAGAAGGGUAUGGAUCAAAGCUUGCAGAUGGCUGAGGAGAAAAGAGGGAACCUUGAGGAAGAGAUGCUCGUGCUCCAAAAAGAGAAAACCCAACUGCAUGAGCAGCUCAUACAGGUAAGCUGUCAGAAGCAUACUUUGGAAGGGCAACUAGACCAGAGCCAACAAGAGAUACAGAUGCAGGCUGAUUCUCUCCAGCAAACAAUACUUGAAAAAGAAGAAAUAGCCAAUGAAAAAACAAGACUUGUGGAGCAGCACACGUCCCUGGAAAAACAGAAUCAAGUCAUAGUGGAGGAGAGAGCUGCUCUCAGGGCUGAGAAGGAGUCCCUGGAAAGCAACCUCUUCUCCACCCAGAAGCUGGUGGUUCAACUGGAAACCCAGAAGGAGCAGCUGGAAGAAGAAUGUCAAAGAUUGCUCCUGUCAAAGCAGGUGCUUCAAGUGGAAGUGGAGAGGACAAAAAACGAGCUGGAGACCCAAGAGACCAAGAUGAAGUGGGAGGCAGAACUACUCAAGCAGCAGAUGGCCCAAAUGGAAGAAGACACUCAGCUUUCCCUCCGGAAACAAGCAUUGUCUCACGGGGAAGACAUUGGACGCCUGAGAAAAGAAAAGGAGAGUCUGUGCCUGGCAUUGACUGAAGAGAAGGAGGUUGCCAUACACCAACUGAUGCAGGAAAAAGAAGAACUGCUCUCAAAAUAUGAAGCGGAACGAGAAAACCUAAAUGAAAAAAUCCUCAGUGUGAAACGGGAGCGAGAUGAAAGCCUUCUCCAAAUGGAGCAUGAGAAGCAGAAGGCCUUAUCUCUAAAGGAAACUGAGAAAAAUGUGAUGUAUGAGGAGCUCCUCGAAACCCAACGGGAACUCGAGGAUGCCAAGCUGGAGGCUGAACGAGUGAAGCAGCAAGCUCUGAGGCGGCAGGAGCAAGACAAGAACACGGUAGCCAGAAUUGGCAAAGAGCUGAAGGCCUUCCAAGUCCAGUUUGACGCUUCCAUGGAGACCCACCAGGAAGAGGCCAAGGCUUUGAACCAGAGAAUAAAGGAAUUGGUCAGAGAGAAGAGCACCAUUGACAAAGAGGUGAGUGAGUGAGUUCCUCUGCCUGGUAGAGAGUCCCCCCCUUCCCAUGAUGAAUGAAAAGGUGGCAGAGCUGGUGAGUGAUGGAGAAUAGGUCAAACUAGGGUAGCGCAACAGGACCCUUGUCUUAGGGCCCUGAAAUUUAAGAGACCCCCACAUUCAAAACAGAGUCCCUUCAGUGGUAUGAAAAUAGUUGAAUUUGUACCUAUUUAGCAAAAUAAUUCAUGUGGAGACUGAGCACAGAGCAAAGCAAGCCAUCUUCCACUUUAUUUCCUUUAUGAGGUUUUUACUGUAUGUGUGAUAUGUGUCUUCGAUCAUGACAUGAGUAAUAUGGAAAUAUACAUGGCAUG